CCGUGGUGACCUUGGUUGGUUGAUCAUCAUGGCGGCUAUCGUCAGGUUAAGUUCUGUGUGUCGCAGAGGUGUUAAACCUCUGUUCUACCAAAGCACUUUUCUUGCCAGGCCACUGGCUGUCCCACACACAUACAAGGAGCACCCCUACCAGCUGACAGCGAAGAUCCAUGCAUCACAAGCUCUGUGUGCAGGCUCUGGCUCCAAAGCCGCCUCCCUGCACUGGACAGCGGAGCGAGUGUUGAGUAUCCUCCUGCUGGCCAUGGGGCCCGUUGCCUACUUUAACCCUGGCCCCUUCAUGGACUACUCCCUGGCUGCUGCCCUGACCCUGCACGGACACUGGGGCAUCGGGCAGGUGUUGACAGACUACGUUCACGGAGACGCAAAGAUCAAGAUGGCCAACGCAGGGCUCUUCCUCCUGUCCACCGUCACCUUCGCCGGCCUCUGUUAUUUCAACUACAACGACGUGGGCAUUUGCAAAGCUGUCGCCAUGCUAUGGAGCAAAUGAACGGGACUGACUGUGGACUGGGGAGUGAACUAGACACCAGGACGGGAGCAAUCCAGCUCUAGCUGAUUGUAAAACAAAAAAAAAAAAAAGGGGGCGUUUCGAUGUAAAUUCUUAUAAAUAUAUCAUUUUAACAACAUUACAGUGAUUCAGAGGUGCGUAAUUGUAAUAUCGAUUACAAUUAUUACUGUAAAAAUUAUCGUUAUUUGUUUUCAGAUUUGCUGCAGUAAGUAAUUGGGCAACAACUAUUCAUUUUCAUUCCUACAUGUGGCAGAGCAGCUGUUUAAUGUGGAAUAAAUUAGCGCUUUGUUCUGUUUUGGAUUUUGAUCCGAGGCAACAUGUCCAGCUUAAAAUGUGUAACGAUUAUCAACAUAGACACACGAUUCUGUAUCCUGACAUGUAAUCCUCAUACUGGUCAUAUUUUAAGAAACACAAUACAUUGUUUUUUUCACAAAACAAAAAGCCUAUGACUUCUUUCAGGUCUAAUAGUACUGUUUGAUGUUUAAUUUAUUUAUUGUUAAUGUCGGGGUAAUUUUUUGUGGCGGAGUUCUAUUUUUCCAACACUGUGUACAUAUUGCCUUUUGCUCUUCUGAUGUCAGUGGUGUUUGUACAAGAGCUCCCAAAGGCCUCCAGUUUAGCAGUGUUCAUUCACCAGAGGUCUGCUCCACUGCUCUGUUAAAAGGUUGGGUGGUAGAGAGGGAUGAGAUCUGAAGACGAGAUCCAGUCCGAGCCAUCACACACAUACACACACUCACACACCCCCAUUUGUUCUAUUUGUGUACUUGUAUGGCUAAUGAGCCUGGCGAUCCUCAUACAUGUCUAACAGUGUGUGAUCCUGAAACAAACAGCUAACCAGACACCGUCCUCUGCCAGUACAACUUAACUGAACAAUCCAAGAACAGUAACAUGGAAGACAGGAGAGUUCUGUGUAGAGUAACCAACAAACGCACACGACACACAUGUAGAGUAGGAGGAAAGUUUAUUUGUUCCAUUUAAUUUACAAACAAAUGAGUUAAAAGUUCAUUUCAGAUGCUGAUCGUAAAUUGGUGUUAGCCCGCUGUCUUAAUAUAGACACCAUCUAGUGCAACAUGCUGCUUGUGCACAUCUGUUCACUAAGGUUGGCCAACAGGCUAAUCAAAAGUCAAACAUUACUCACUGCAUAUUUGUUAAACACGCACAAUGUUUGCAUGCAAAUAUUUAGACCAGUAAAGCAGUAUUUUUGCACUGCUGCAAGAAGCGUUUCUGUCAAAUCUGUGUUCUUCAUUCAGUCUGUUAUCACAACACUCAUGAAUUAAAUGUGCAUAAUUGGUUACAAAGAAAAAAAGGCUGGUAUUUGUCUGUUUUGUUCAUGUUACUUGUCAGUUU